GUCUUGUAUAUGCAAAUAUAUUAUGAAGCUUAAUUUCAUUAAAAUAACCGGAUGGAAGCGUCAGGUGCUUAUUGUUACAUGUUUGUAUAUAGGACAAUUAGUUUUAGGCUUCACAGUUGCCUGGUCAGGCGUCACACUACCCAAGCUUCAAGAUCGUGACCACUCACCACUUAGUGAACCGUUAAAAGAUGCGCAGCUUUCUCUAAUUGCUUCCUUGUUAUAUGUUGGAUGUAUACCAGGUCCGUAUGUAGUGGGAUGGCUGUCAAACAUCAAAGGUCGGAAGCCAUGUCUGUUUGCCGGCGGGGUUAUACUCAUCAUAGCAUAUAUAAUUUUGGCGACGACCAAUAACCUCGCCAUGUUGCUAUGCGGUAGAAUACUGAGCGGCUUUGGGAUAGGCAUCGUGGGUGUUAUGAAUGUGGUGUACAUUGGAGAAAUUGCGUCAACAAACAUCAGAGGUAUUCUGCUAACGUUGAUGGGUCUAACUCAGACGUGCGGUGCAGUGAUUCUGUACACCGCUGGUUAUUUCCUUUUAUAUCCCGCCACCAACUACGUCGCUAUGGUACUAUCUGCCGUAUUUACUCUGGCAACACUUUUUAUACCUGAAUCUCCAAUAUUUUACAUUUUGAAAGGAAAAGAUGAAGCUGUAACGAAAAUAUUAAACGAACUAGGCAGAAGUGAGGACAUAGAAACCAUAAUGGCAUCCAAAAAACUAUUCCAAGAAACCACAGCAACAAAAGAUUGGCUCGAACUUUUCACAGUACGAGGGAAUAGAAAGGCUUUGAUAAUUGUUCUUAUUAUGAACAUAUUACAACAUUGCAGCGGCGUUAUGGUGGUUAUAUUCUUUGCUGGAACCAUUUUCGAAAUGGCUGGCUCGACCACAGAGUCAAAUUUGUCUAUGUUAAUUAUAACAGCAUUUCAAAUAACCGGGAGUUUGAUAAGUCCUGCAUUGGUUGAAAGGUCGGGACGGAAGCCUUUGAUGGUUGUAUCUUGUGCAAUAUGCUCUUUGGCAAUGUAUUUACUUGGAUUGUACUUCUAUUUGCACCGUUCAGGGAACAUAGUAGCGAGUAGUAUAAAGUGGUUCCCGCUUGCAGCACUUAUAUUGUUUUUCAUUGGAUAUGAUUUUGGCCUGGGUAUAAUACCCAACACUCUUAUCGGGGAGUUAUUUACUACUAACGUCAGGAGUAAAGGAUCUGCCGCCGCGCUAACAGGCUCAUGGUUAGCGGGGUUUAUAAUCACCACGGCAUUUGGCUCUGUAUUGGACACCAUAGAUUACAUAGCGUUCUGGAUAUUCGGUACCACGUGCCUUGGCGCCAUGGUUUUUACGAUAUUUUUCGUUUUGGAAACCAAAGGGAAAAGCUUGUUGGAGAUUCAGGAAUGUUUGAAUAAGUAAUAUUGCUUAGGGUUAAAAUAUUUUUGGUACCUAUUUAUUUAUUUAAUAAAUAAAACUAGUUUUGUUGAUAA